AUGGCUACAACUGCGGCCACCACUACACGGCCCAAUGCAGAUAAACCCACUGUAAUCUGCGUCUUCUGCGGCGCAUACAGCGGCAACUCCCCGGCCCACCUCGCCGCCGCCCGCGCCCUUGCCCACAUCUUCCACAAAGAAAACAUCACUCUCGUCUACGGCGGCGGCACGGGCGGCAUCAUGGGUGAGCUCGCACGUACCCUUGUCUCUCUGUCGGGUCCCAAGGCUGUCCACGGCGUGAUUCCCACCGCCCUCGUCAAGAUCGAGAAUGGCUAUCGGACAUCGCUUACGGCUAGAGAUGGGGGAAAGGCACCGGAGCGGGUUAUUAUUAUGACCGAUCACAAUGCAGAGGGCGGGGCGGAGGCGGGGUCGUCGAUGGGGGAGUCGGAAUAUGGACUCACGACGCUGGUGCCGGAUAUGCAUACGCGUAAGCGAACGAUGGCGCAAAAGGUGAUGGAUGGGGGUCCGGGGAGCGGCUUUGUUGUUCUUGCGGGCGGAUUUGGGACACUGGAGGAGGCGAUGGAGAUGGUUACGUGGAAUCAGCUUGGGAUUCACAAUUGUGGGAUUGUGCUGCUGAAUAUUGAUGGGUAUUGGGAUGGGUUGUUGCAGUGGGUGGAGAAGAGUGUGGAGUCUGGGUUUGUGAGCCAUGCGAACAAGGGGAUUCUGGUUGAGUGUCGCAGCGUAGAGGAGGUUCUGGGGGCGUUGAGAGGGUAUAGGCUUAGCGGGGAGAGGUAUUCGCUGAAUUGGACGUCCAAUUAA